UGGCGCAGAGACGAGAAUACUCACGUUUUAUAGUGCCUUACCCCGGCAAUGUUAAACUGUCUCUUUUCACAAUGGAACUAUCCCUACUCCUUCAAGGCUCACUUCAGUGUGUUAAAAAACCCAAGGAAUGCCGACCGAUGAGUCAAUCAGGCUGAAUCAGACUGAGUGUGAUUGUCCGUUUGGAAGUGCGUUGUAAAAUGGCAAUAAUAGAUUCGCUAUCCCUUCGCGGGAUUCGCAACUUCGACGAAAACGAAGAUUUAUCAAUACGCCUGUUCUGCCCAUUAACACUUAUUCUUGGGCCUAACGGUACGGGCAAAACAAGUCUUAUUGAAGGAUUGAAAUUCGCCACCACAGGGCAGUUUCCACCUGGCUCAAAUGGAGGAAGAUCCUUCAUACGUAAUGCAGCAUUAGCAACAACUAACUCGGUAAGAGGUGUCGUCACAGCUAAAAUAAUUGACGCCAUGGGAAACACUUACACAGUAUCCAGAACAAUUGCGUCAUUGAAAGCAGGAACAAAAUUUAAGAUUGUUCACAAUAUUGUAACCAGAGUUGGCAAAGAUGAAAAAGAAAAAACAUCAGUAAUCAAUCGAUGCGCUGAUGUUGAUACAGAACUCUGCGUAGCAUUAGGUGUUUCAAAAUCAAUUCUAAAUUAUGUCAUAUUUUGCCAUCAAGAUGAGUUCAACUGGCCAUUUGAUCAAGGAAAGGUGUUAAAAGAGAGAUUUGAUGAAAUUUUCGAUAGUGGCAAAUAUAAUAAAGCCUUGGAGAAUAUUUCGAAACUGUACAAAAAUUUACAGAGCGACAUUCGAAGCUUGAAUGCAGAGAAACAGACGUUCAAAGUGCUUGUAUCUGAAGUAGAAGACAGAGAAACCAAACUUGAGGAGCAGAAGAAGAGAUUGGAUACCACAAAGGGAAAGAUUAAUGAUAUUAAUGAGCAGCUUGAGCUUUUGAAACAGAAAAUUGAAGAAGCGCUACAGUUUGAUUCAGAAUAUAAAAAUGUUCAGGCUGAAGAAGAGAAAAAGAAAAUGGAAUACAACAUGCAUAUGGAACGAUAUGAAAAGCUUAGAGAAACUGUAAAAAGUGUCUUUGAAGGAACAACAGAGGAGUUAAGUGCACGCAUAGAAUCUUAUGCUACUGAAUUAAUAAAAGAGAAGAAUGAUGAAACGAGAGAGAAUGAAGUUGCAAUUAAAAAUAUUAACGAGGAAGAAACUAGGAUCUUGAAUAUCUUGGCGACACGAAGAGAAAUCGUAGGCAAAUUAAAGCAACAAGUGAAAGAUCAGGAGAGAAGAGUAGUUCGUCGUAAUCAAUUGUUAAAUGAUGCGCUGAAAGCAUGGGAUUUUGAUACAGUUGGUUCGGACGUCACUGAAAUGGAGGUGAAAACUUGUACAAAAGUAUUGGAACAAAAGAUGCGAGAGUUUAAGCGAGAGGUGGAGAAAAACAGAGCGAUCAUGCUGAAACAAGAAAGAGAAUUGCAGAAGGAAAUUGAUGUGCUACGUACUAACUAUUCAAAGAUAGAGUCGGAAAAGGUUCUCAAGGAGAAAGCAGUAACAGAGAUAACAGAUGAAAUUGCUGCAAUUCGAAAUCAGAUAACACAAAUCGGUGCAGCAGGAAAUAAGUUGAUGUCUAUCGAACAAAAACUACAAGCAGCAAAACAAAAAGUUGAGAAACUUGGCAAUGCGUUAGAUGUCGAUUCUGUUAAAGCUUAUCUCGAAAACAGUAUAAAAUCCAGAGAUGAGAUUGAAGCUAGCUUAAGUGCAAUCGACGAUGAGAUUAGUUCUUCUCAUAAAUUAAGCUUAUUAACGGCGGAAUUCGAUUUAAGAAAGUCAGCGUUGCAAGCUAAAGAAGAAGAACUGCAGAAUUUAAAAGCUAAACAUGGAGAUAGCCUCAAAAAAAUCUUAGGUGUGCAAGAAAUAUCAGAAGUGCCACAAGACAAUUUGACAUAUACUUUAGAUUACAUUCGUCGGCAAUUGGUGGAUAAAAUAAUUAUGUUGACACGUGAGAUUCAAGCACAAGAAUGCAAAACUUCUGCUUUGGAAGCAACAUUGCAACACGUAAAAUGCGAGAUUUAUGAAAUAACGAACAAACUACAUCGUUAUAACAAUAAGAUAUCUGCAAUGCUCAUCGGCGAUUCCAAGGUUUUCGAGGAGUCUCUGUUGACGCAGUCUACGAUAGUGAAAGGUCUUCAGGACGAAAGAGGCAUUUAUGCUCAUAAAAUUGCAGCUUAUAAGGAACACUUACAAAAAUUAUCUGCGAAUGUUCCCUGUUGCCCGUUAUGCCAUAGAAACAUUAGAGGCAAACGGAGAGUAAUUGAUAUAAAAAACGAAAUAAAGGGGGAUAAAAUCUGUAUUGAGUCGGACAUGAAAAAGUGUGAAAACAAUUUGAAGACGCAGCGGGAAAAAUAUGACUGCAUGCUCUCGUGGAAACCUGUUGUUGCAAAGAUUCCGUUUCAGGAGCGUGACCUGACAAAAUUGAAGCAGAAAGUAGAAGAAAUAAGAUGUAAUAUAGCGCAAUCGAGAACUGUUAUAAGAGGUCUCGAAACAUCAAAAAGAAAAACCGAGAAAAUGCUAUUGUUAUACGAGAAUCCAAUGAUGGAUGUGAAGCUUUGGGAUCAAUGCGCACCGCAAAUAAAACAAUUAACUGAAAUUGUCAACAGCCUGACGAUUCAAAUGAACAAUGCUGGAGUCCAAACCUAUAGAAGCAGAACUAUAGAAGAAGCGCAGGCGCAGCGAGAUUCCAUCAAAACAUCUCUGAGACAAAGUCGUAAUGAUAUCGACGUGCUGCAGCUCGAAUUAAGCAGGCAUAACGAGAGAAUGCAUGACGCUAGAGCGGCAUACCUCGACUUACGCGAGGAACAAUUAAAAAUGCAGGAGGAUAUGCAAAAGAUUAAACAUUUGAAGGACAAGCAAGAGGACUUGGUCACGCGGCAAGUUUCCAUGCGAGAAACGGUGGCCAUGUUGCGAAAGGAUUUGGCGAGUGCCCAGGAUCAGUUAGAUUUCGGUACUCAGCGACUGGAAAAGACCAAGGCGGACAACUGGCAAAAGCAGGAAACUGAUGGACAAACAAUGGCGGAAAGCACAAAAUGUUUGUCCGAACUGCAUAAAAUGAUGAACGAAACUCAGUCAUUUUUGAACAGCAACGUGACUGAGAAUCUCGCGAGAUACGAGGUUGAAAUAAAGGCCUCCGAACGUUUGCUAACAGAUCUUACGAACAAGAGAAAAGAUGUCGAGCAAACGAUAAACAAGUUGAUGGAGGAUAUCAUGUGUCGAGAAAUCGGAAGGAGAGAAUUACAAGACAAUAUGACGUUGCGCCAAAUCAAAGAAACGGUAGAAGCUUUGGAAGGACAGCGCAGAAAGUUGUUAGAAAAAUUGAUAAAUAUGAAUCAUGACGAGAUGGCGAAGAAGUGGCAUCAAUUAGAAAAUGAGAAGCAGGUGUUGCUUCGUCAAAAAAACAUAGCACUGGGAAAUCAGGAAGAAUUGGAAAGAGCAAUAAAACAAUACACGCAGGAGUUGCGAAAAGAGGAAUACGAAUUGUCUCGUGAAAAUUACAUCAACAAAUGCAUUGAAUUAGAAGUUCAAGAAAACGCUGUAGCCGAUUUGGAAAACUACAGUGCAGUACUGGACGCCGCAAUGAUUGAUUGCUUCAAGGAGCGCAUGUCGAGUGUCAACAAGAUAUUAAAGAAACUGUGGCAGCAAGUUUAUAAGGGAACAGAUACAACCUGCAUUGAAAUCGAUAUGGAACUUAUAAAGGGUGCAGACAGGAUUGGAAGAAGCUACAAUUACAAGCUGAUUCAAACUAAACACGGCUGCAAAAUGGACAUGAAAGGGCAUUGCAGCGCUGGACAGAAGGUGCUGGCGUCAAUACUCAUAAGACUUGCCUUGGCAGAAACAUUUUGCAAGGAUUGUGGUAUUUUCACAUUAGACGAACCAACCACGAAUCUGGACGAAGAAAAUGUGAACGGCUUAGCAGAUACACUAACUAAAGUGGUUGAACUGCGAUCGAGACACCAAAAGAAUUUCCAGUUGAUUAUAAUCAGCCAUGAUGAAAAGUUCCUACAGAAGCUUGCCAACUUGAGCAAUCAUAAGAAAUUCUAUGAACUUUAUCGCAAAAACGACGGAAUGACCGCGGUGAAACUUUCUGAUUUUAACGAACCUACGAAUUCUCUGGUUUGUCACAUGAGGAGAAUCACAUUAGACGAAUCCGAUGCAGAAGAGCAGCGUCCUAAUCAGUUACGAAAGUCUACCAAUUCGUCUAUAAAUGUAUCGAAUAAAAAAAGAUACAAUUGGAAUGAUUUUAACAAAAUGGAUAAGCAACCAACUGCAAAGAAAUGUCGUUUGGAGUAAUCUAAAGUAUACGUUCCAUUUUUUAUACCAAAUAUUUUUUCGUUCA